AGCCUAAACUAAGAACAUCCAACUCAUAAUCCUGAGUUAUAACAUUUCUUUAAACUGUAGCAAACAUUGCCAUCUAGUGGCUUUACAGGCAGUUUUACAUGACUUCAUUCCAAAAGGACAGGUAAUCACAAAAAAAAAAAAAAAAAAAAACAUCAUCAAUAUGUUAUGGAACAUUAAAUAAUUCAAGUGCCUUUCAAAGCGACUGAUUAGGACACGUUUAUUAGACAAAAUAUCAUUCGCCCAUUCAUGUUAGCUAGGCUAAUUGUUAUUAUUGUGCCGUCUGGGGAGAUCGCUAUAAUGAAUAAGAUGUUAUACUCAGCCCUCCUGACGUUUCUGAAACUAGCGCUAAUGUGCAUAAUAAUUCAAAAGCCUGUAUGUCUUUAAUGUAAUGGAGCCAAAGGAGUAUAAUAAAUAGAACAUUUCAUAACAAGAUAAUGAAUAUUCAGUAUCCAGUGUUCAUUAUGUGAAUGUUAGAUAGUGAAUUCUUCAGAGUGCAACUGUUGCGUUGCGCGUUCCGCCUGGUUUGCCCGGCGUCAUCCGUUUCCAGGAAACAGUUGUUAAGGGUGAUGUAAACAGCAAGCUGGUGCUGGAAUGUGUGCAGUACGCGUGCGCUGAACGAGCGGUUCUCCGCGGCUCUACCGGGCUGGCUGGCCGCACCGGUGACCUUAUCGAUUUCAACAGACGGCUUCUGGCGGGUGUCAAAUCCAGAGGUGAACGUCGCAAUCCAGGUUAAAAAGGGAAAGAUUGAUCCAUUUUGUGAGUGAUGCAAGAGUUAAAUCAAACAUGCACCAACAUAUGCAAGUGCCACCCUUGGAAGGAAGAGGUCGCUGUAAUUAUGUAAAUCUGCCUCUGAUUAAUGGAGACAGACUAAAGACAGCUAAGAGUCUAGUGGACAAGGCAAUAAAGGAGAAGAAAGUGUUCUCUGUGCAAGGUCCAUAUCCUGUAAUCCGUGCAGGCCUACGUGCAAGAGGAUGGGUGGAGCGACGGCUACCACGGCCGUCUGUCCCACGGCCUCGUCGUCAUGAUCUUGAAACAGAAGCCACAGAUGAGGGUGACAGCAGUGAUGAUGAUGACUUUGGAGAGGAGGUAGAGAGGGACGAUGAGGCAGAUGAUCUGUAUGACCUAAUGUCACGGUUGGUUCGCAAUGAGACGGCAUAUUUCUACUGGACAACAAGGAGGGAUUCAGUCGACUGUCGGUCUUUACGUAAAGACCAGAUGACCAAUCAUUACGCAAAGGCAGGAUCUUUCACCACCAAGGUUGGUUUGUGUAUGAGUUUGAGAAAUCUGCAGUGGUUUGAUGCAGCAGAUCCCGAUACAUUCUUCCCACGCUGCUACAGACUGGGGGCGGAGGAUGAUAAACAUGCUUUUAUUGAGGACUUUAGACGGACUGCAUGCACAAGUCUACUGAUGUAUGUUUUGGAGAAGUAUGCAGGGGAUUCAGAGUGGGAGAGAACCAGAAAGGUGCAUGAUGCUAAAUCUCAUGGUCUGAGCAAGCCUCGUAAACAGCAUGCCAAACAGAGGGUUGGAAGCUCGAUAAUUGACAAUGCAUUGCAUGUAUGUGAGGAGUAUAUGAACAGUUUAGAACACUGUGACAUAGACAUGACUUUGGAAACAACCCCUACCCUCUCAGAGCAACAGUGGAAGGUGUUUCUUCAGAAUUAUUAUUUAGUUAUUCAUAAAGGACUGACGAUAGAGGGCUGUGAAGAUUAUGUGGAGCGUUGUAAAUGCAUGUUGGAGCAGAUGCGUUGUUUUUGCCCUCAGAUGGAGACUGAUGGACUCUGCAACAUCUGGAUCAUUAAACCCGGGGCCAAGUCACGAGGCAGAGGUAUAAUGUGCAUGAACAAGCUGGAUGAGAUAAUGAGUUUAGUAGAUGCAGACCAUGGCAUCAUGAAUGACAGUAAGUGGGUGGUGCAGAAGUACUUGGAGCGGCCUCUCCUCGUGCAUGACACUAAGUUUGAUGUAAGACAGUGGUUCCUGGUCACAGACUGGAACCCACUUACUGUGUGGUUCUACCGUGAGUGCUACCUUCGUUUUUCUACCCAGCCUUACUCCACUCAUACAUUGGACAGUUCUGUACAUCUUUGCAACAACUCCAUCCAGAAGCACUUUCAACCAAGCCCAGAUCGUAAUCCUUCUUUACCUGCUGAGUGCAUGUGGUCAUGUUCACAGUUCCGCUCCUGGUUGGCUGCUUCAGGCCGAGAUGACCUGUGGGAAAGUGUGGUGGUUCCAGGUAUGCAGAAGGCUGUUAUCCAAACUCUCUUGACUGCGCAGGACAGUGUGGAACCUCGCAAAGCCAGUUUUGAGCUUUAUGGAGCUGACUUUAUGCUGGGACGGGAUUUGCGACCUUGGCUUUUGGAGAUCAAUGCCAGCCCCACCAUGGCACCCUCCACAGGAGUCACAGCUCGACUCUGCCCCGCUGUACAAGAAGACACUUUGCGGGUGGUGCUGGAUCGACAAUGUGACCGCAACACUCACACUGGCGGCUUUCAACUAAUAUACAAACAGGCAGCAGUAGAAAUUCCUCAGUAUGUGGGAGUGAAUCUUCUUGUAGAGGGGACUUCAAUCAGGCGUCCUCGAGCCCCUGUUUACAAGCCUCUCAUACAGUCUCACCCUGAUCCGCUAUCAAAAUCCAGCAGUCACAGGUCUUCACUCAUAAGCAGCCAUUGCAUUUCUGGUAAGGAGAAUCAAUCAGAGAAGGCAAAGAAGGCCUGGACUACCCUCUCCUCCCGUAAAGUCACGUUAGAAAAAUCUUUGAUCUUUCAACCUAAACUGAGGAAACGUCCCCACAGACUCGUCUUACCCUCAACCUGUUGUGUCCUUCCCAACCCAGCAGAACUUCAUCCGCAAAAACUCUCACUCACUCACACCCAGCCCGAUCACCCCCCGACAAACAGGACACGCAGCAAACUUCCAUCCCUUUACCAUCCAACCCCAUCACUGGAUGUAAUAAAUCUACGUCCCGGACAAGCAUUCCCCUCCGGUCGCUACAAACACGAAAUGCACACAGUCAAUAUAUCUUAUCCAGUCUUACGCAUGCAGAAAUACCUGUCACUAAACCAUAGACGGGCCAUGGACACUUUCACAGAGAGAGAAGGGCCAAAGUCAUCCUGAGGAAUCUUUUGGAGAAAACGAUUUCAUUCAAACAGAUUAUUGUGAGGUAAUAUGACAUAAAAGGAAUGAAUAUGUUUUAGAUUGUAUCAGUUGUAUUGUGAGUUUAUCUUUCAAACCCAUAUACUUUAUCAAUCUGCUGUCAGAAAUAAGAAAGAGAACAGCAUAUUUAGUUAUAUAUAUUUGAAAUCUGUCAUCAUUUAUUUUUUAAAACCUGAAUUUUCUUUUAAAGGAGACCUUAUGCAGAAUAUUGACUGUUCCUUUACAUAUAAUGGAAGCAUACCUUGGCCAGGGCCUGUUAAGGUCCCAAAAAGACCAAAAAGCACCAUAAACACUUGACCAUACAACAGCUUUUAGAAUUUGGACUUUUUGGGUAAUCUACUGUAUCCCUAUAAGACUGUUUAAAAAAACAAAAAACAAAA